GGAGUGUUCCGCCCUCCCUCCCGCGGCCACACGCACUGCCAGGCGGAAGAUUGAGCAACGCGGAGGCACCAAGCUGCUGCUGCGCAACCGGGUUUCUGGUCGGGGACAUCGGAGACCAGCACCAGCCAUCGCCCCAGGGCGCGUGAGCCACCAUGCCUGCGCUGAAAGUCUGCAUCGUUGGGUCUGGGAACUGGGGGUCUGCUAUUGCAAAAAUUAUUGGCAAAAAUAUCCAGAAGUCUAACAGGUUUGAUCCUGUUGUGAAGAUGUGGGUGUUUGAAGAAAUCAUAAAUGGGAGGAAACUCACAGAGAUCAUAAACAAAGAGCAUGAAAAUGUGAAGUAUCUUCCAGGACAUACGUUACCUAAAAAUGUGGUGGCUGUAGCAGAUGUGGUUGAAGCAGCGGCUGGGGCAGAUAUUUUCAUCUUUGUUAUACCCCAUCAAUUCAUUACACGAAUUUGUGACCAGAUUAUUGGUCACAUAAAACCUGGAGCAUUCGGCAUUUCACUGAUCAAGGGGGUUGAUGAGGGUGCCGAAGGCUUGAAGCUCAUAUCAGACAUCAUUCGAGAGAAACUGAAGAUAGAAGUCAGCGUGCUCAUGGGGGCCAAUAUAGCCAGUGAAGUGGCUGAUGAGAAGUUCUGUGAAACCACCAUUGGGUGCAAAAAUGAAAAGCAUGGGCAGAUCUUUAAAGAAUUAAUGCAGACCCCAAAUUUCAGGAUUACCGUGGUGGAUGACUGUGAUACAGUGGAGAUCUGCGGAGCCUUAAAAAACAUAGUAGCAGUAGGAGCUGGAUUCUGCGAUGGAUUGGACUUUGGCGAUAAUACUAAAGCAGCAGUCAUUCGUUUGGGCCUCAUGGAAAUGGUGGCCUUUGCAAAGCUGUUCUGCAGGGGUCCAGUAUCAAUAGCUACUUUUCUGGAGAGCUGCGGCGUUGCUGAUCUAAUCACUACAUGCUACGGGGGGCGCAACAGGAAAGUAGCGGAAGCCUUUGUGCGGACAGGAAAAUCAAUUGAGGAGCUGGAAAAAGAGAUGCUGAAUGGACAAAAGCUACAGGGUCCUCAGACUUCAGCUGAAGUCUAUAAGAUGCUGAAACAGAAAAACAUGGUUGAUAAGUUUCCAUUGUUCUCAACUGUCUACCAGAUCUGCUAUGAGGGUAGGUUGGUCCAGGAAUUCAUCUCUUGUCUACAGAAUCAUCCACAACACAUGUAAGAAUUUCAUGUGGCUCAUCUGGAUGUGCAUUCAUCUCUUCUGGGCUUCUCUCGACUUGGUAGAAAAUAAAAGCAGCCAAAUAAGUCAUGUGGCACAUAACUCUUCUUGUAAAAGCAACGUAGAAAUUUUUUUUGGUACAGUCAGCCUGAAUAUUUCAAUAAUUAUCUCCAAGGAAGUAGGAUGGAUACAGGAUUUAAUAACCUUAAUAUGGGUUUGACUUUGGUUGGUCUUUUCAGAAUGAGCUCUAGGAGAAUUCUUUUCUUUCCUGUUGAUUAUAAGUAAGGGUAAAGAUUUUGUCACAAAUGUUUUUAGUAAAAGUCACGGACAGGUCAUGGGCAAAACAGAGAAAUUCACGGAAGCCAUAACCUGUCCAUGACUUUUACUAAAAAUAUCCCGGACAAAAUGGGGCAAGGAGCCGCCUGCAGCAGUUGGUGGUUGUGGGGCACCCCUACCACCUGCAGCUCCUGGCGUCCCCCAGAUGCCAGGAGCUUGGGUUCCCCACUGCAGCCUGGGGCUGCCCGCCAUCUGCGGUGUCUGGGAGCUUGGGGGUUCCCCUUGGCCUGCAGCUGCUGGGAGCUUGGGGUUCCCCCGCCACCCCUGGCCUGAAGCUGGGUGGGGGUUCUCCUGCUGCAACGCCAACAGAGGCUGGGAGGUCGGGGUUUUUCCUGCCACUGCCAGUAGGGAGCUCGUUCCCCAGCCCGCAGCUUGGGGGUUCCCAUGCCGCCCGCGGUGGCUGGGAGUGGUGGGGUACUGGCCGCCCGCGGUGGCUGGGAGCUCCGGGGGCCUCGAGGCAGCAGGGGUACCCUGCAACUCCCUGCGCCAGUGGGCGGUGUGGACUCUGCAGCUCCCAACCAUCGCAGGCUGAAGUCACGGAUUCCGUGACUAAAUCGGAGCCUUAAUUGGAACCAGUCCCCAUACUGAUCUGCCCCCCACCCGCGUCAAAUCUAAUUCUCGUGCAUCUUAUCACUUUGCCCACUAAUAUUUCUCAUACAGAAACAGUGCAAAGAUGCAUGUAAUUUGGAGAAAAACCACUUGGAAAAUAAAUCAAAAUUAGUUAACUUUUCCUUAAGAAAAGACUACUUCAGUAUUGUCAAGUGGACAAACAUGGGCUUAUACAGUUCCCCUAAAAUACAAUUCCAUUUCAAAAGCAAGGUGUCAGUACAAUUUCUUACUCAAUUGCUUGUGGGAAAGGGUAAUUGUUACUCUCCUCAUAUGACUGACUGUUCAGUAGACACAAACAGAGCAGUUUAAUAUAAUGAAAAUCUUACCUCUGAAGCUUCCAAGUGUCCUGGUGAGGGAUUUUCAUUAAUUUCUUUUCUUAAAGUACAAGGAUUUUGGAGAGACUAAAUAACACUGCAAAAUGCAUCUGUUUAGCAUCAGUAUUUCUCAACAAUUGAUGCCUAGUAAUUAUCAUUAGUCAAGAUAGUAAAAUGUAUUUAAGAUUGAUAAUUAGGGUCCACGCUUCACCCUGAUGUAUACCAUGUGCAAUGUUGUUGAUUUCAAUGGGGUUACAAGUAUGCAAAGAGGGGUAGAAUUUGGCCAGUGAAGUUAAAGCCCUUGAUGUUUCACUGCUACACACGCACAAAAUAAUUGCUAUAAACGCACAGACUUCCUACAGGAUUACAUUGGUGAAUGAGUCUGCUGCAUUUGAACUCUAGGUAGGAGGCCCCACUAGAGGCCAGUGCAACUUCAUGCAUCGUCCAGUGGACACUGCACCCAUAGCCCUGCUCCUCCUGGAGAUUACGCUAGCCAUUUCCAUCAUGCAUUCUACACUCAAAAAGAUCUACAUCACUUCUGAAUCUUAGUGACAUCCAUGCUGACUCAUGCACCAAUGUUUUCAUUUUGCUACAGUUGGCAGCCAGAUUUCAAGGCUGUAAUUUAACUUUUUGAACACUGUUUUAUAACUAUUUGGGUAACUUUGCAUACUCGAUGUUUUCCAGGGUUAAAAGCCAUCUAUGAAUGAAUUGUGGUACUUUUUUUAUAUUCCAACCUUCUGAAAAAACAUGUACAUUAAGAAAGGAUGUAACUUAGAGGCAAUUUUGUGCAAAAAGUAUUUCGCUGUCAUGCGAGGGCAUAAGUUAGUGUUUUAUAAAUUCUCUAUACAAAGACUGAAGUAAAAGAUUUUUACAUUAGAUUUUUUUCUUCCACAUUUAACAAGAACCCUGUUACAUCCUUGACAUUGAUUUGUUCAGAUUAAAAAUAUAGAACCAUGGGGGAAAAAACCAAAAAUCUCAGCCUUAAA